UGCACUGAUCACAUGCAUCGAUGUAAAUUUACAACUUGAACACCAACUCAUUGGCACCACGGGAAGGGAAACAAAAUCAGAAAGAAACGCACAACAAAAGCUUUACCCCACGUCUUGCGCUGCUCCAGCUGAUGCAACCCUUCAGCGACCUUCUCAAGUGGGAAUAUCUCUGUGUACAAAACGGGUUUCGCACGUCCAGAAGAGAACAAACUAUGACUUCAGGGACGUGCGAAGGUUCAUGCUCUGAGAGUGAAGAAAUCAGCGUCGAAUCGCUUAGGGAACCAUGGGCGGAGGUCCUUACUAGUGUAGGCACCCCAGUGUAUGCCAAUCACGGAGAUGUUCUUCAGGAGUACGAGGUUGAGCGGGAGCUAUAGCGAUCCAAAGUCAGCUCUAUCUCUUCGCAUAGCAUGACAG